AUGCGAACAACGUCACGAUCCGAGGCAGAGAACAGCGUAUUUGGGGCAUGUAUCAAUGAGCACGGAACACUGCUAGAGUUUUUCACACAAUUUGAAAGUGCGAUUGAAAUGCAACGUCACAAGCAAGCAAGAUUAGAUACAGAGUGUGAAGCUUCACUCCCACCUACAAAGACACCAUUAAUGAUUGAGAAGCACGCAACCUCUGUAUACACAAUCACAAUGUUUUAUGAUGUGCAGUCGGAGAUAUUCGAAGGGUGGUUUUCAUGCAAAAUCACGAACAGGGAGCAAACAGAUGAGAAGUAUGUGUAUACAAUCAAGGAAGAGCACACAAAGAUUUUCAAUGUGAAAUACAUAAGAGAACGUAUGGAAGUAGAAUGUUCAUGUGGCAAGUUCAACAGGGUUGGGAUUUUAUGUAGGCACGCUUUUGUAGUGCUAAAGGACAAUGACGAAGAGAUGAUUCCAAGAAAGUACGUACUACCCAGGUGGACAAAAAAUGCUUGUGUACAGGAAACAAGCACACUAGGCAAAGGAGGAAGUGCCCCAUGCAGUACAGAAGUAUAA